CCCAGGAGCGCUGUACGCAGCGCCGCCACGGCAGAGCCAAUCGGUUCUGAACCAUCGGAACAACAGAACUUCGGUUUCACGUCGGAUUGAUCGGAAAUAUUGAAUCAAUGGAUUGGCAUUCAAACGGGUUGGUCGUUUUACUACGGGGUGGUUAGGUUGAAAGCAAAAGCGCGCGUGUCUGAGUGAGAGAGCAGCAAAAGGAAGGACAGGGGGAGCGGGUGGGAGGGCUGGAGAACGGAACAUAUAUUCUUUCGGGUAUGGAGCUCACCAUGGAGAACCUGCACAGCGUCUCUGCGCAUUCCCAGGCGGGAGACCUCAUGAGCUCUCCACACGCUCGCCCGUCGCAAUCCCCCAGCUCCACACCAAGAAAUCUGGUCUCGCACGCUCCUAGUGCGCGGUCAGCGAUGGUCUCAGGCAUGGCUUCCCUUCUUGAGGGGUCCGGCGGAGAUUACCGGACAGACCCAUCCGGGUUGUCCGGACAUCUCCAUCCUUCCAUCAGCAUGUGCGAGACCGGGAUGAGCCUUAGUAACACGUACACCACCCUCACCCCCCUGCAGCAUCUACCUCCGAUAUCCACCGUGGCGGAUAAGUUUCACCACCCUCACUCUCACCACCACGCUGCCGCGCACCAACGACUCUCCGCCGGGAACGUCAGUGGUAGCUUCACCCUGAUGCGGGAUGACCACCGCGGACUUACGUCAAUGAGCAACUUGUACAGUCACUACCCCAAGGAGAUGUCCGGGAUGGGGCAUGGCUCGCUGUCUCCGCUGUCCAGUGGACUUGGAUCUCUGCACAACUCCCAGCAGUCUCUGUCCGCCUACGGGCACAGCGCGCACCUCUCAGACGCUAAAAUGAUCUCUCCGGUGCCGGGGUUCGAGUCCCACGCGUCCAUGCUGUCCAGAAGUGACCAAGAGCACCUAGCUAGGAGUUUAGGGGGGCACGGCCAUGGCAUGAUUUCCAACCUCAACGGCAUGCACCAUCACCCGCACAGUCACCUCCACUCCCAGGCAAACGGUGCGGUGAUGCUGGGAGACCGGGAGAGGCACGGCCACGGGGCAAGCCAGGGAGUAUCAGGGUCAAACAUCCAAGCGGAGGAGAUAAACACCAAGGAGGUGGCUCAGAGGAUAACGGCUGAGUUAAAACGUUACUCUAUCCCACAGGCCAUAUUUGCCCAGCGGAUCUUAAGCAGGUCACAGGGCACGCUCUCAGACCUGCUACGGAACCCCAAACCCUGGAGUAAGCUCAAGUCAGGUCGAGAGACGUUCAGGAGGAUGUGGAAGUGGCUGCAGGAGCCCGAGUUCCAGCGGAUGUCUGCUCUCCGACUGGCCGCAUGUAAGCGUAAGGAAGAGGACCGGGGGCGAGAGCGCAGCCAGGUCCCAAAGAAGCAGCGACUGGUCUUCACCGACCUGCAGCGCCGCACCUUGGUGGCCAUCUUCAGAGAGAACCGCCGCCCCUCCAAAGAGAUGCAGCUCACCAUCUCCCAGCAGCUGGGCCUGGAGCUCUCCACCGUCUCCAACUUCUUCAUGAACUCGCGCCGCCGCUGUCCGGACCGCUGGGACACAGAGGAGCACGCAGUGCACGGCCACGGACCCAGCGGCAACAGCAGCGCGUCGCCGAUCCAACCCGGUAUCUCCUCUGCCAACACGUUCUCCAAAGCCUGAAGGCAGCAGAGUUGUUGAACGGAUUUGUGGACAGAGGAAUUUAAAACAAACGAACAAGAAAACACACAAGCAAGCAAACAAAACCCGGCUCCAACUGCUGUCACGCAGCUCACCUGCCUGGUUUACCUGCAUGAACGUGCAGAAUAAUCAGAUCAUGGUUUUCCUUUAAUCCGAAUCAAAGUGGGCUCACUUGCACUUUGAAGUGACGUAUAACCAAAGAUGUAGAUGCUUAACCCCCCCCCCCAAAAACAAACAAACAAACAAA